CCGCGCUCGCGCUCAAAAAUAGCGCGCGCCAGUGUCAGGGCGCGCGCGCGCUGCGACCGCCCUGUGUUGGCGCGGUCGGAUGCCAGCCGCUGGGCGGUGCCGCCGGGGCGCGUCUCUCUCGGCCUGCACACGUCUGUGUCGCUCGGUCAGUGGAGGAGGCCGCGGCUGGUCCGUCCCCGUCCAGAGUCCGUCCCGCUCCGCUCCGACAGCGCGCCGCCAUGAGUGCCUCGCUGUACCCGGCGCUGGGGCGCCGUAACAACCUGCUGCGCUCCCUGCGCGCCGAGGCGGCCGUCGACCGCUCCUUCUACGACCCGGCCGUGGACCGUCAGACGCUCUACAGCCUGCCGCAGCGUGCCCGCUUUUGGCCCGGCUCGGACACCCUGUACGGCGACGAGUGGCAGUACUGGUACGGUGACAUCGCCAUCCCGGAGGAGCUGAGCCGGCCGCGCCGCCGGCCCAGCUGCCUCGACGACGAGCAGGGUCUCAACGAGCGCCUGUUGCGUAAGAUGCGCGGUGACAAGGGCGAGUUCUCGUCGGGGGCGGCGCAGCGGCGCUCCUCGGCCAGCCGCAUCGAGUCGGUGGCGGACGCCGCCGAGAGCAGCAUGGAGCACCUGGCGCGGGCCCGCUCCCUGCGCGCCAGCUCCGUCAGCCGGCUGCAGGCCACCCGCGACAGCAUGGAGCGCGACGCCAGAGCUAUCAGGGCGUCGUCUCUGUCGCGGCGCGCCGUGACGCCGUCGUUCAGCGAGGACCCGUACGCCGACAUUGACAUCCCGGAGGAGCUGACCCGUCCGCGCCGCCGGCCCGUCUCGCUGCAGCGCGAGAGCGACGCGCUGGUCUCGGCCGAGGAGGCCUCCGCCGCCAGCCGCGCCUCCAAGUAUCUGCGCUCGGUGCGCUCCGUCUCCGUGCAGAAGAUGAGCUCCUCGGAGCAGCAGACCAGCUCCCAGGAGAUCCGCUCCAGCGCGCGCGGCCGCUCGGCGCUGCGCAGCUCGGCCGCCGCCGCCGCCGACUCCGAGUACCUCGGCCUGGACGGCAACAAGGUGUAUGUGCCGCCGUGGCUGGAGAACCACCCGAUCCCGGACCCGCCGCAGCGGCGCGCGCCGCCGGCCGGCGCCAUCUGGCCCGAGAAGCGGCCCUUCUACGACCUCAAGAACGACUACGACGCCAUGCUCUCCUACAUGGGCGUCACCAAGGAGCUGAAGAAGGCCGUGGGCGCCGCCUAGGGAGGCUCGGAGGCCGGCGGGGGCGGACUGGCGGCGCCACUGACGGUCGGACAGCGGGGGCGUCCGGCCGACAGCGGGCGGCGCCGGCACCGGCCCGGACAGCGACUAGAUCGUCACGGAAUUCUCAGAAGCUUCCUCUGUUUCUUAAAACAUAGCCACGAACGCUUUUGUUAGUUCCCACGGAGUUACAGUUUUUACUAUCAGCACCGGUAGCUGUAGUUUGACUCGAAAGCUGCUGUGACAGAAUACAUUAACGAACGAACGAGAGGGACGUAGAACGUGCCUUGAGGCACAGCGGGAGGUCACUAUGAGGUAAUUUGUUUUUCUUUUUCACCAGAUGUAGUCAAAGUUCACGGUUAGGGACGGUACAGUGGUGGGGCCGUGUCUAGCCGUGUUCUUCUAUCCCCUUUCGCUGUGAAUCUUUAGGUCACCUACCAAGCGAGACUGAAGUACGAAUGUUUCACCCUGGUGUUUAGGGCCUUGCUCGGUCUCACCAAAGGAAUGCAUCCAAGUUCAAACAAUAAGAAAAGAGAAAUAAAUACAAUUGUGAUCUAGGCUAAAAUGAGACACGAGCUAGUAUCCCAGUAUCUGACCUGACCAGUGUAAAUACUUCCGCGUGACCUUGUUGACCUCCACAGACGUGUGUAAGAGAGCCCUCCCACCACCACCCUCCAUUCCUGCAUUUACCUUCCCAUGUGCUCCCAUGUAGAUUGGAUUGUUAUUAGGAGGAGACUGCCAGUGUUCGCAUCAACAUCCUCUGCGCGAGGUACGGACACCGACCGUUAAUAGAGUAUGCAUCUGUA